AUGACAGCCACUACAGCAUCGAUCUCCGGAAUUCUCGCGGAUGUUCCAUCUCGUUUCCGGGGCCCAGGAGGUGCUAUCGCUGUCUUGAAAGAUGGCGAACUGGUUGGACAACAGCUCUGGGGGUACGCUGACCUGCACCGUCGAAUACCUAUGGCAUCCGACACACUGCUGCCGAUCUGCUCCAUCACGAAACAGAUGCUUUGCGGACUGUUGACGGACCUGGAAUGCAACCCGACGCCAGCCAUGAGUGCGCGAGGUGAGGAUCCGGCCACGCAGCUGUCGGAUCAACUCGGUCAACUGCUAAAUCCCAAUCUGCUCAAAGACACGGGCCUGACGAUUCGCCAUCUCUGCCACAACCAGUCAGGCAUUCGCGACUACUGGGCCCUGACCGUUCUCUGGGGCGCGAAACCCGAGGGCCACUUCUCCGUCGCCGACCACGGCCCGAAGAUGCUGGCUCUGUUGAAGUCGUUCCAUUUCCAGCCUGGGACGGAGUACUCAUACGCGAACACAAACUUCUUCAUAGUCGCUCGCUGUAUUGAGCAGGUCACAGCGGAACCUCUGGGGGAGCUGCUUGCGCGGCGGAUCUUUGCACCAGCGGGGAUGAAGACGGCAAGGCUCUGCGCACACACGGCGGAGCACCCUCCUCCGUGCGUUGGCUACGAGGGUGACGAGGCGUCUGGGUUCUAUCCCGGUAUCAACUGCAUUGAAUGGGCUGGUGAUGCUGGCGUCGUGGCCUCCCUGGACGAUAUGAUUGCCUACGAGCAGUUUGUGGAUCGCAGCAGCCACGAUUCGCAAAGCUGGUAUGCCAAGAACUUCGAGCAGCAGAAGUACAACGACGGCACACCUGCCGACUACGGUUUCGGCCUGGCCCGGAAGAUGGUUGGAGGAGUACUCACCAGUGGCCACGGGGGUGCCCUCCGCGGAUACCGGCUCUUCCGAUCCUACUCAGCGGAGCCGCGGAUUUCCAUCGUGGUCGUGCUCAACCAAGAGCACGGUGAUGCUCCGGGAGUGCGCGACUACAUCUUGAAGCGAAUCAUGGGCGCGGCAGAGAUCAAAGAUGAGCCUGUCAGUCCUGGUCCAGAUUGGUUUGGGACCUAUCUAGACUCCGUCAGCGGACUCGCGAUCGUCGUGAGUCGAGGCGGCGCCGGGGAGGUCUCCAUCAAAUACCAUAGAGCCCCCGAAAAGAUGCGAGUACUUGAAGCGUACAGAGCUCAGUCGGACGGCAUGGUAGCAGUUCUGAAUGGAGAUUCCCUACAGCUCCACGUCCGUCAAGACAACCGGACUAUUCACGCCCAGCGCGUUGCCAGCAAGAAGCCUGCUUCAAGUUCUUCUGAGCUUCGAGGGGACUAUAACUGUGCAGAGAUAGACUCCACCUUCCACUGCAGCGGCUCAGGCGACAUGUUGUAUGGCACGUUUGAUGGAUUUCUAGGCCAGGGUCCUGUGCAUCUAAUGCGCUCACUCGGGGACGAUCUAUGGGCGCUUGCCUGCCCUAGGUCAAUGGAUGCACAGCCGCCAGGUGACUGGACGAUCAUCGUUCGUCGCAAUGACCAAGGCAAAGUGACUGGUGUAACCAUUGGCUGCUGGCUGGCCAGGCGCCUAGACUUUGUCAAGCAGUAG